AUGCUAUCCACGAACAAGAAAAUGUUUCCGUGCGCGAGCGUUAUUGGUAUCGGUAAACCUACGGAUCAAUCGCACGCGUUCAUCAUCGGGAGACCGUUGCGGGGCGAGAGGUCCUUAUCCCGGCAGCUAGUCACUGUACACGUACCCGACAACAACACUCAGUUCGGUCAGUUUUAUAGACAAUUUGCGUCACAACAAUGCGAUCUGCGUGAAGCACCUUUCACGAUGCCCCGUGAGGGCGGGCGAUCUAUUAGUGCAGAGGGCCCGUUUAUUGGGCUUAGCUUCGAUGAGCACGAAACAGAUGGC